CUCUCCCUCUCUCUCUCCCUCUCUCUCUCCCUCCCUUUCCUUGUGUGCCUUCCCCCACUGUCCCUGUUGUACUGUAUACUGUAGUUCCAGACCCACCGCAGCAGUGCUCAUAGAUAGUGUGAGUGAAAAAGAGCGGGAGUUGGAGAUUGAGAGGAUGGGUAAAGGAGCGUAAAGGGGUAACACACACAAUCGAGAGAGGGAGUGAAAGAGGGGGCAGAGAGAUAGAGAGAGAGAACUGCGAAAUCCGCCAACCCUCCCAGGCGCGAGGUUCUUGAUUACUGUCAAGCGCACACACCAUUCGGAUAUCGCUCCUGUGACAGCCAGGCAUGACUUCUGAACGAGGUAUCUGUCUGCCUCCCUCUCUCUUUCUCUCAGCAUGACUUCUGAACGAGGUAUCUGUCUGCCUCCCUCUCUCUUUCUCUCAGCAUGACUUCUGAACGAGGUAUCUGUCUGCCUCCCUCUCUCUUUCUCUCAGCAUGACUUCUGAACCAGAUGAGUUCGUGCAGCAGCAGAGCGCUGACCAUCCUGUCCACGGUGUUUGGGGCGUGUGGUCUGCUGCUGGUCGGAGUGGCUGUGUCUACAGACUACUGGCUGCUGAUGGAGGAGGGCAUCGUACUGCAGCAGAACCAGAGCAUGGAGGUCAAGAUGGCCCUGCACUCUGGCCUCUGGAGGGUCUGCUUCGUGGCUGGGACAGAGAACGGGAGAUGUGUGGCGUCAGAGUAUUUCACUGAGCCAGAGAUAGAGAUCACCACAGAGAAUACUGCUAAUAUUCUGAAGAUGGUGCGGACGGCCACUCCGUUCCCCAUGGUGUCUCUGCUCUUCGUCUUCACGGCCUUUGUCAUCAGUAACAUCGGACACAUCCGGCCCCAGCGCACGAUCCUGGCCUUCGUCUCCGGGAUCUUCUUCAUCCUCUCAGGCCUGAGUCUGGUGGUGGGGCUGGUGCUCUACAUCUCCAGUAUUAAUGAUGAGGUGAUGAACAGACCGAGGGAGCCUGAACAGUUCUUCAACUACCGCUACGGCUGGUCAUUUGCCUUCGCAGCCUCCUCCUUCCUACUCAAGGAGGGGGCUGGGGUGAUGUCAGUCUAUCUGUUUAUGAAGCGUUAUGCUGAGGAGGAGAUGUACCGCCCCCACCCAGCCCUCUACCGCCCCCGUCUGUCUGAGUGCAGCGACUACAGCGGCCAGUUCCUCCACCCUGAGACCUGGCCUCCUCCUAAGAGGGGCCGUAGUGACUCCCGGGCCUCCAGCGACAUCUCCAUCCAGAUCAAUCAGACCCCCCCGCAGCCCACCAAAACCCCCCUGCAGGGCAAUCAAGGUGGGGGCAUAGGGUCCAACAUGGGCCCUGGGUCUGGGUCCUCCUCUGGAGCUAGCUACCAGCUGCCCCCACCGUCUGGGGCCUACAACACCCACACACUCCAACACCAACACUCACACGGUAACUCCCAGGCCAUGGCCAUGCCCCCUUCCACUGGCCCCCCUCACUACCACACACACAUGCACAUGGGCGCCUCCCCCUGUUAGAGAGAGGGAGCGCAAGGGACAGGGACAGGGAGGAAGUAAGUGUGAAAAGGGAGAGGGAGAAUGAUUAAGGGAUUAGUGUUAACAUACAUUUGGUAUUUAAAGCUGAGAGAUGGGCAGAGAGAGAGAGAAAGCGGGUUCAGGAGAGGUGGAGGAGUUGUCAAGGAUAGAGAGAUGAGGGGGAUGGAGAGAAUGUGACAGAGAAGAAAGUAUGUGAUUUCUUGAAAGACUUUAGAGGUUAGAAUCUGUGACAAAAAGGGCUGAGAGGGAGAGAGGGAGAGAGAGGGAGAAUGAGAGAGACAGGGAGAAUGAGAGAGACAGGGAGAAUGAGAGAGACAGGGAGAGAGGGAGAGACAGGGAGAAUGAGAGAGACGGAGAAUGAGAGAGAUGGAGAAUGAGAGAGACAGGGAGAAUGAGAGAGACAGGGAGAGAGGGAGAGAGGGAGAAUGAGAGAGGGAGAAUGAGAGAGGGAGAAUGAGAGAGGGAGAAUGAGAGAGACAGGGAGAAUGAGAGAGAGAGAGAGAAUGAGAGAGACAGGGAGAAUGAGAGAGACAGGGAGAAUGAGAGAGAGAGAGAGAAUGAGAGAGACAGGGAGAGAGGGCGAGACAGGGAGAAUGAGAGAGACAGGGAGAGAGGGAGAGACAGGGAGAAUGAGAGAGACAGGGAGAAUGAGAGAGACAGGGAGAAUGAGAGAGACAGAGAGAAUGAGAGAGACAGGGAGAGAGGGAGAGACAGGGAGAAUGAGAGAGACAGGGAGAGAGGGAGAGACAGGAAGAAUGAGAGAGACAGGGAGAGAGGGAGAAAGGGAGAGACAGGGAGAGAGGGAGACAGGGAGAAUGAGAGAGACAGGGAGAGAGGGAGAGAGAGGGAGAAUGAGAGAAACAGGGAGAGAGGGAGAGAGAGGGAGAGAGGGAGAGACAAGGAGAAUGAGAGAGAGGGAGAGAGGGAGAGAGAGGGAGAAAGGGAGAGACAGGGAGAGAGGGAGACAGGGAGAAUGAGAGAGACAGGGAGAGAGGGAGAGAGAGGGAGAAUGAGAGAGACAGGGAGAGAGGGAGAGAGAGGGAGAAAGGGAGAGACAGGGAGACAGGGAGACAGGGAGAAUGAGAGAGACAGGGAGAGAGGGAGAGAGAUGGAGAAAGGGAGAGACAGGGAGAGAGGGAGACAGGGAGAAUGAGAGAGACAGGGAGAGAGGGAGAGAGAGGGAGAAUGAGAGAGACGGGGAGAGUGGGAGAGACAGGGAGAAUGAGAGAGAGGGAGAGAGGGAGAGACAGGGAGAAUGAGAGAGAAAGGGAGAGAGGGAGAGACAGGGAGAAUGAGAGAGAGGGAGAGAGGGAGAGACAGGGAGAAUGAGAAAGAAAGGGAGAGAGGGAGAGACAGUGAGAAAGGGAGGCUGCAGCUAAACCUGAACCUACUGCAGUUCUGCGGAAACGAGGGAUUUGUAUUCACAUGAGACAACGCUAAACACUGUCUUUCCCUCCUACACACUUACAUGUGCAUAGGUUUAUACAUAUACUUAUUCAUGGUAAUGAUAAUAAUAAUAACUAGAGUUAAAAUUAUAAAACAAUAUUAGAAUAUCUGUAAGAAUACAUGAAUGUCGGUUAAAAUGUAUUAACAUUACACAUUAACAUGAAUGUGAUGAUGUUCUGAAAUCUACAGGGGAGAAUUCCACUGUAUAUGUAGAUAUAAUAUUUUAGAUCUAUAGUUGAAGACAGAAGUUAUAUACACUUAGGUUGGAGUCAUUAAAACUAGUUUUCAACCACUCCACAAAUUUCUUGUUAACAAACUAUAGUUUUGGCAAGUCGGUUAGAACAUCUACUUUGUGCAUGACACAAGUGAUUUUUCCAACAAUUGUUUACAGACAGAUUGUUUCACUUAUAAUUCACUGUAUCACAACUCCAGUGGGUCAGAAGUUUACAUACACUAAGUUGACUGUGCCUUUAAACAGCUUGGGAAAUUCCAGAAAAUGAUGUCAUGGCUUUAGAAGCUUCUGAUAGGCUAAUUGACAUAAUUUGAGUCCAUUGGAGGUGUACCUGUGGAUAUAUUUCAAGGCCUACCUUCAAACUCAGUGCCUCUUUGCUUGACAUCAUGGAAAAAUCUAAAGAAAUCAGGCAAGACAUCAGAAAACAAUUGUAGACCUCCACACGUCUGGUUCAUCCUUGGGAGCAGUUUCCACAUGUCUGAAGGUACCACGUUCAUCUGUACAAACAAACGUACGCAAGUAUAAACACCAUGGGACCACGCAGCCAUCAUACCGCUCAGGAAGGAGAUGCGUUCUGUCUCCUAGAGAUUAACGUACUUUAGUGCGAAAAGUGAAAAUCAAUCCCAGAACAACAGCAAAGGACCUUGUGAAGAUGAUGGAGGAAACAGGUACAAAAGUAUCUAUCCACAGUAAAACGAGUCCUAUAUUGACUAACCUGAAAGGCUGCUCAACAAGGAAGAAGCCACUGCUCCAAAACCGCGAAAAAAAAGCCAGACUACGUUUUGCAACUGCACAUGGGGACAAAGAUCGUACUUUUUGGAGAAAUGUCCCAACCGUGAAGCACGGGGGUGGCAGCAUCAUGUUGUGGGGGUGCAUUGCUGCAGGAGGGACUGGUGUACUUCACAAAAUAGAUGGCAACAUGAGGCAGGACAAUUAUGUGGAUAUAUUGAAGCAACAUCUCAAGACAUCAGUCAGGAAGUUAAAGCUUGGUCGCAAAUGGGUCUUUGACCCCAAGCAUAACAAUGACCCCAAGCAUAAUUCCAAAGUUGUGGCAAAAUGGCUUAAGGACAACAAAGUCAAGGUAUGGCGUGGCCAUCACAAAGCCCUGACCUCAAUCCUAUAGAACAUUUGUGGGCAGAACUGAAAAUGCGUGUGAGAACAGAGGCCUGACUCAGUUACACCAGCUCUGUCAGGAGGAAUGGGCUAAAAUUCACCCAACGUAUUGUGGGAAGCUUGUGGAAGGCUACCUGAAACAUUUGACCCAAGUUAACAAAUUUAAAGGUUGCUACCAACAUUUAAAUAAUGCUACCAAAUACUAAUUGGGUGUAUGUAAACUUCUGACCCACUGGGAAUGUGAUGAAAGAAAAAAAAGCUGAAAUCAAUCAUUCUCUCUACUAUUAUUCUGACAUUUCACAUUGUUAAAAUUAAGUGGUGAUCCUAACUGACCUAAAACAGGGACUUUUUAUUAGGAUUGAAUGUCAGGAAUUGUGAAAAACUGAGUUUAAAUGCAUUUGGCUAAGGUGCAUGUAAACUUCUGACUUCUACUGUCACUUAAGUCUGAAUAUGUGACCAGGGGAGUGAGUGGAAUUAUAUUUUAAAGACAAUACAUUUUUAUCUUGAUGAUGUACAUAUUUUUGCUAAUAUACGCAACUAUUGUAUAUUGUUGAAUUGCUGUAAAUUGACACAGUGUGACAGAGUCAGAACUGAAAUCAACCAAAAAUGUCACCCUGACAUUGGAUUUAGGUGGGUCAAAAAAAUACAUAAUUCCCUUGUGUUAAUGACUUUUCUCAAAUCCAGUCAGUUUUCUACGUUGAGUCAACGUCAUCAUAUUGAAUUGUGGGGUUGAAAUGACGUGGAAACAAUGUUAAUUCAACCAGUUUUUGCCCAGUGGGAUGUUUCAUGAGUUUGGUACGAUGUGAAAGAACUGAACAGGAGAAAGCAAUAGCAUAGUAUACACCCAUCAUACUGUUUGUUCCUGUUCUAUAUCUCUAAGAACAGAUAGAGGAGAGGAGGGGGGGGUUAUACAGCUGAGCGAGGGAAAGAAAGGAGUGGGUAUACAACUGAGAGAGAGAGAGAAAGGAGUGAGUAUACAACUGAGAGGGAGAGAAAGGAGUGGGUACACAACUGAGAGAGAGAGAGAAAGGAGUGAGUAUACAACUGAGAGAGAGAGAGAAAGGAGUGAGUAUACAACUGAGAGGGAGAGAAAGGAGUGAGUAUAAGGCUGAGAGAGGGAGAGAAAGGAGUGAGUAUACAACUGAGAGGGAGAGAAAGGAGUGAGUAUAAGGCUGAGAGAGGGAGAGAAAGGAGUGAGUAUACAACUGAGAGAGGGAGAAAGGAGUGAGUAUAAGGCUGAGAGAGGGAGAGAAAUGAGUGAGUAUACAGCUGAUAAAGGGAGAGAAAGGAAUGAGUAUAAGGCCGAGAGAGAGAGAGAAAGGAGUGAGUAUACAGCUGAGAGAGAGAGAGAAAGGAGUGGGUACACAACUGAGAGAGGGAGAGAAAGGAGUGAGUAUACAGCUAAGAGAGGGAGAGAAAGGAGUGAGUAUACAGCUGAGAGAGAGAGAAAGGAGUGAGUAUAAGGCUGAGAGAGGGAGAGAAAGGAGUGAGUAUACAACUGAGAGAGUGAGAGAAAGGAGUGAGUAUACAGCUGAGAGAGAGAGAGAAAGGAGUGGGUACACAACUGAGAGAGGGGGAGAAAGGAGUGAGUAUACAGCUAAGAGAGGGAGAGAAAGGAGUGAGUAUACAGCUAAGAGAGGGAGAGAAAGGAGUGAGUAUACAACUGAGAGAGUGAGAGAAAGGAGUGAGUAUACAACUGAGAGAGUGAGAGAAAGGAGUGAGUAUACAGCUGAGAGAGAGAGAGAAAGGAGUGGGUACACAACUGAGAGAGGGAGAGAAAGGAGUGAGUAUACAGCUAAGAGAGGGAGAGAAAGGAGUGAGUAUACAGCUGAGAGAGAGAGAGAAAGGAGUGGGUACACAACUGAGAGAGGGAGAGAAAGGAGUGAGUAUACAACUGAGAGAGGGAGAGAAAGGAGUGAGUAUACAACUGAGAGAGGGAGAGAAAGGAGUGAGUAUACAGCUGAGAGAGGGAGAGAAAGGAGUGAGUAUACAGCUGAGAGAGAGAGAGAAAGGAGUGAGUAUACAGCUGAGAGAGGGAGAGAAAGGAGUGAGUAUACAGCUGAGAGAGAGAGAAAAAAGAGUGAGUAUAAGGCUGAGAGAGGGAGAGAAAGGAGUGAGUAUACAGCUGAGAGAGAGAGAAAGGAGUGAGUAUAUGGCUGAGAGAGGGAGAGAAAGGAGUGAGUAUACAGCUGAGAGAGAGAGAGAAAGGAGUGAGUAUACAGCUGAGAGAGGGAGAGAAAGGAGUGAGUAUAUGGCUGAGAGAGAGAGAAAGGAGUGAGUAUACAGCUGAGAGAGGGAGAGAAAGGAGUGAGUAUAUGGCUGAUAGGGAGAGAAAGGAGUGAGUAUACAACUGAGAGAGGGAGAGAAAGGAGUGAGUAUACAACUGAGAGAGGGAGAGAAAGGAGUGAGUAUAAGGCUGAGAGAGGGAGAGACAGGAGUGAGUAUACAGCUGAGAGAGGGAGAGAAAGGAGUGAGUAUACAGCUGAGCGAGGGAGAGAAAGGAGUGAGUAUACAGCUGAGAGAGGGAGAGAAAGGAGUGAGUAUACAACUGAGAGAGGGAGAGAAAGGAGUGAGUAUACAGCUGAGAGAGAGAGAGAAAGGAGUGAGUAUAUGGCUGAUAGGGAGAGAAAGGAGUGAGUAUACAGCUGAGAGAGGGAGAGAAAGGAGUGAGUAUACAGCUGAGAGAGGGAGAGAAAGGAGUGAGUAUAUGGCUGAGAGAGAGAGAAAGGAGUGAGUAUACAGCUGAGAGAGGGAGAGAAAGGAGUGAGUAUAUGGCUGAUAGGGAGAGAAAGGAGUGAGUAUACAGCUGAGAGAGGGAGAGAAAGGAGUGAGUAUAUGGCUGAGAGGGGGAGAGAAAGGAGUGAGUAUACAGCUGAGAGAGGGAGAGAAAGGAGUGAGUAUAUGGCUGAUAGGGAGAGAAAGGAGUGAGUAUACAGCUGAGAGAGGGAGAGAAAGGAGUGAGUAUACGGCUGAGAGAGAGGGAGAAAGGAGUGAGUAUAUGGCUGAGAGGGAGAGAAAGGAGUGAGUAUAUGGCUGAGAGGGAGAGAAAGGAGUGAGUAUAAGGCUGAGAGAGGGAGAGAAAGGAGUGAGUAUACAGCUGAGAGAGGGAGAGAAAGGAGUGAGUAUAAGGCUGAGAGAGGGAGAGACAGGAGUGAGUAUACAGCUGAGAGAGGGAGAGAAAGGAGUGAGUAUACGGCUGAUAGGGAGAGAAAGGAGUGAGUAUACAGCUGAGAGAGGGAGAGAAAGGAGUGAGUAUACGGCUGAGAGAGAGGGAGAAAGGAGUGAGUAUAUGGCUGAGAGGGAGAGAAAGGAGUGAGUAUAUGGCUGAGAGGGAGAGAAAGGAGUGAGUAUAAGGCUGAGAGAGGGAGAGAAAGGAGUGAGUAUACAGCUGAGAGAGGGAGAGAAGGGAGUGAGUAUACAGCUGAGAGAGGGAAAGAAAGGAGUGAGUAUACGGCUGAGAGAGAGGGAGAAAGGAGUGAGUAUAUGGCUGAGAGGGAGAGAAAGGAGUGAGUAUACAGCUGAGAGAGAGAGAGAGAAAGGAGUGAGUAUAAGGCUGAGAGAGGGAGAGACAGGAGUGAGUAUACAGCUGAGAAAGGGAGAGAAAGGAGUGAGUAUACGGCUGAGAGAGAGGGAGAAAGGAGUAAGUAUAAGGCUGAGAGAGGGAGAGAAAGGAGUGGGUAUACAGCUGAGAGAGGGAGAGAAAGGAGUGAGUAUACAGCUGAGAGAGGGAGAGAAAGGAGUGAGUAUAAGGCUGAGAGAGGGAGAAAGGAGUGAGUAUAAGGCUGAGAGAGGGAGAGAAAGGAGUGAGUAUAAGGCUGAGAGACGUAGAGAAAGGAGUGAGUAUACGGCUGAGAGAGAGAGAGAAAGGAGUGGGUAUACAGCUGAGAGAGGGAGAGAAAGGAGUGAGUAUACGGCUGAGAGAGAGAGAGAAAGGAGUGAGUAUACAGCUGAGAGAGAGAGAAAGGAGUGAGUAUACAGCUGAGAGAGAGAGAGAAAGGAGUGAGUAUAAGGCUGAGAGAGGGAGAAAGGAGUGAGUAUAAGGCUGAGAGAGGGAGAGAAAGGAGUGAGUAUAAGGCUGAGACAGGGAGAAAGGAGUGAGUAUAAGGCUGAGAGAGGGAGAGAAAGGAGUAACCAUUUUGACCCCCUUCACUGUAACUUUGGUCAAGGUUUGGUUGAGGUCAAACUCUGUUAAUGCUUUCCUUUUCUAUGGCUUGGAUGAUGGUCAGCAGAGAUGCUCAAUAUUGAUGACAACAUUUUCCAUCAACCUUUUCCAUAUUUGCUGGUUUUCAUAAGCCUGUCUUUAUGUAUUAAAUAGUAGACCUAAUAAUAACUUUUUAUAUGAAUCACUUUUCAUACCAUUUGCUCAAAGCACUAGGUAAAAACAAAAUGUCAGUGAUUAAAUAUUGAUUGAUGUAGUAAUUAUCUCUUACUAUUAAACCCUCUGCCCUCACUCUUACUGUCUUCCUCUCUACCCCUGUUUAUACCUGUUGCUAACAUGGGUCCUUUGUCCUGAUCUUUUCUACAUUCUGAUUGUGCCCAUUUUUCCAGAAAUGUGUCUAUACAUGGCAUUAAAAUGGGUCUGUUAUCAGCCACUGUGUUUGUAUUGUGAACAUAUUUCCAGAAAUGUGUCUAUACAUGGCAUUAAAAUGGGUCUGUUAUCAGCCACUGUGUUUGUAUUGUGAACAUAUUUCCAGAAAUGUGUCUAUACAUGGCAUUAAAAUGGGUCUGUUAUCAGCCACUGUGUUUGUAUUGUGAACAUAUUUCCAGAAAUGUGUCUAUACAUGGCAUUAAAAUGGGUCUGUUAUCAGCCCACGGUGUAUGUUAUUGUGACCAGAUUUCCUGGUCCCUUCCUUUAUGCAAAUUAUUACACAGCUAUUCUUUCAAAAUUACAUUUAUUUAUUUAUUGUAAGACCCCGGGUAAACCCGAACGACGCUGGGCCAAUUGUGCGCCGCCCUUUGGAACUCCCAAUCACAGCAGAUUGUGAUCCAGCCUGGAAUCUAACCAGGGUCUGUAGUGACGCCUCUAGCACUGAGAUGCAGUGCCUUAGACCGCUGCGCCACUCGGGAGCCCACAAUGUAUUUCUGACUACUUCCGGAGGUGGGCAUGAUGAUCUGAUCACAAUCAGAUCACAAUGGGUCUUUUGUUUUGUCUACACCUGUCUACAAAUGUGGGCACAAUCAGAAUGUGGACAAGACUAGGACAAAGGAUGCAAGUUAGAACCAAGUAUAAACGGGGCUUCUGUGACUGUUCUUUCCUCCUGCCAUUCAGUCUUCUUUUACAAUCAUUCACUCCAUUAUGAUCAUUACAUUUUAAUAGAGAAUUUGUAGAGACAAUUUUGUUUAUCUUUUUCCUCGGUCCCAUUCUUCUCUCGCCAAAUUCUUCUCCCCUGUUCCCUCAUCCCCAAGUAUUUUUCUCUCUGCUAUUUCAUCAGAGGGUGUAGGUGGGCCUAAUGUUGCAAAAUUUCACAAACUUUCAAUAAAUUCCCUGGUUUUCCUGAAAUCCUGGUUGGAAGAUUCAUGGAAUAAGCAGGAAAUCCUUAAAAAAUCAUUUCUGGAAAACCAGGAAUUUUUUUGAAGUUCCUGGAAUUUUGCAAACUUAGGUGUGCCUAUACAGUGUUACUCUUCUAGCACAUAAUGAUCUUUGUAAAGACAGUACCUUUUUUCUCCUUGAUGCACCGUCAAAGAAAAGAGAUUGUCAAUAGCUUCAACUAAUUCCAUGGAAAUAAUACUGUAGAAUCUUGAUUAAACUGAUCCCAUACUGAU